GAUCGGCUCACGUCCGCCAUAUUGUUGUGUCACGUGACGAGGGAGUAGCGAGGUGAGUGCGCCGGGUCGAAUUCGUGAGGAAUAGUAAAAAAUUUUGGACAUCACCAGCCAACACAAAACUAAUUACAACAUGGAUGUACGAAAAGUGACAGAAUUGCUUCGUGCCACGAUCGACCCAGCGCAACAAAAACAAGCCGAAGAGCAACUGAAUCAGAUUCACAAAAUUAUUGGCUUUGCACCAACACUACUCCAAGUAGUAAUGACUGCAGAAGAUAUGCCUGUACGACAAGCUGGUGUUAUAUAUUUGAAAAAUUUAAUUACAAAAAAUUGGGCUGACAGAGAAAGUGACAAUGGUCCUGUUGAGUUUAGCAUUCACGAACAGGAUAGAGCUAUGAUUCGUGAUGCGAUUGUUGAUGUUCUUGUACAUGCUCCAGAACUUAUCAGAGUGCAAUUGGCUGUUUGUGUUAAUAAUAUAGUAAAACACGACUUUCCUGGAAGAUGGACACAAAUAGUGGACAAAAUUACAAUAUAUUUACAGAAUUCAGAUGCUUCCUGCUGGCCAGGUGUCCUAUUAGCAUUGUAUCAACUUGUUAAAAAUUUUGAGUAUAAGAAAGCCGAAGAAAGGGGGCCACUAAAUGAAGCAAUGAAUCUCUUGUUCCCUAUGAUUUAUCAGUUGAUAUUGCGACUUUUGCCAGAUUCCUCUGACCAAUCAGUCUUACUCCAAAGGCAAAUAUUAAAAAUAUUCUUUGCUCUUACACAGUAUACGCUUCCUCUGGACUUAAUUUCGAAAGAAGUUUUUUCGCAAUGGAUGGACGUGGUGCGACAAGUGGCAGAUAGGCCAGUUCCGCCCGAGACAAACAAUCCAGACUUUGAUGACGACGAACGAGCAGAAUUGCCAUGGUGGAAGUGUAAAAAGUGGGCACUUCACAUUCUUCACAAAAUGUUCGAGAGAUAUGGCAGUCCUAGGCAUGUAACCAAAGAAUACAAAGAAUUUUCUGAGUGGUACCUGAGAACAUUCAGUGGAGGUAUACUCGAAGUUCUUUUGAAGAUUUUGGACCAAUAUCGAAGGAAUAUAUAUGUAUCACCAAGAGUAAUUCAACAAUCAAUAAAUUACAUUAAUCAAGGAGUGAGUCAUGCAUAUUCGUGGAAGUUCUUAAAACCACACAUGUUUGAGAUUAUUCGUGAUGUACUCUUCCCAAUCCUUUCAUAUUCUGCCGCAGAUGAGGAACUUUGGAAUAACAAUCCACAUGAAUAUAUUAGAGUGAAGUUUGAUAUCUUCGAAGAUUUUGUAUCUCCAGUAACUGCAGCACAGACUCUCCUACGCUCGGCUUGCAAAAUGCGUAAAGGUAUGCUUCAACAAACUAUGCGAUUCUGCAUGGAAGUCUUAACUAGUCCGAAUGCAGAUCCCAGUCAAAAGGACGGUGCGUUGCACAUGGUCGGAAGUUUAGCAGAUGUAUUGUUAAAGAAGAAGGACUAUAAAGAACAGAUGGAUAAAAUGUUGUUGCAAUACGUGUUCCCCGAAUUCAAUAGUUCUCACGGUCAUAUGAGAGCAAGAGCAUGUUGGGUGUUGCAUUACUUCUCCGAAAUAAAAUUCAAGCAAGAGCAAAUAUUAGUGGAGGCUAUCCGAUUGACGACGAAUGCUCUCCUGAGGGACCAAGAUUUACCAGUUAAGGUGGAAGCUGCUAUCGCUCUGCAAAUGUUGCUCUCCGCUCAAGAUAAAGCACAAAAGUAUAUAGAACCAUUGAUCAAACCUAUCACUCUUGAAUUAUUAAAUAUCGUACGCGAGACGGAGAACGAUGAUUUAACAACUGUUAUUCAGAAAAUUGUUUCUACGUAUUCAAACCAGCUUAUGCCGAUCGCUGUACAAAUGUGCCAGCAUUUAGCUGCAACAUUUAGUCAAGUGCUUGAAACUGAUGAAGGCAGCGACGAAAAAGCCAUAACUGUCAUGGGUUUGUUAAAUACAAUAGAAACCUUAUUAGGUGCAAUGAUUACAGAGCCACAAAUUAUGGCACAGCUGCAACCUACAGUGCUUCACGUUAUUGCACAUAUUUUUGGAAAGAGCGUCAUGGACUUCUACGAGGAAGCACUUUCUUUGGUUUAUGACUUGACUAGCCAGUCGAUUUCUAGCGAUAUGUGGAAAGUUCUAGAAUUGAUGUACCAAUUAUUCCAGAAAGAUGCGUUCGAAUAUUUUAUUGACAUGAUGCCCGCCCUUCACAAUUACAUUACAGUGGAUACCCCAGCAUUUCUUUCCAACGAGAAUCAUGUUUUGGCUAUGUUCAAUAUGUGCAAAGCCGUAUUGACUGGAGAUGCUGGAGAAGAUCCAGAAUGCCACGCAGCCAAAUUGUUAGAAGUUAUAAUUCUUCAAUGUAAAGGGCACAUCGACCAGUGUAUACCAUCGCUCGUGCAAUUGGUACUGGAGCGUUUGAUGCGUGAAGUGAAAACAUCAGAAUUAAGAACAAUGUGUUUGCAAGUAGUAAUAGCAGCCCUUUAUUAUAAUCCAGCGUUAUGUCUCGAAACAAUGGACAGACUGCAAGGAAAUUUUGGACAGUCGACGGAGCCAAUUGCAUCUCACUUUAUUAAACAAUGGAUACACGAUACGGACUGUUUCUUGGGAUUGCAUGAUAGAAAACUCUGCGUUCUUGGACUGUGUACAUUAAUUAACAUGGGCCCCGCAAGACCUGCAGCAGUAAAUGAAUGCGCUCAACAAAUUAUACCGUCAUUAAUUUUACUUUUCGAUGGUUUGAAGAGAGCUUACGCGGCUAAAGUGUCUGACAUGGAUGAUGAUGAAAACGACGAUGAUGAUAGCGAUCUCGAUGAAGAGGUACUAUCAUCGGACGAAGAUGAAAUCGAUGAUGAUAGCCAAGAAUAUUUGGAGAAGCUACAGGACAGGAUCACAAGGUCGUCAACGCAACAUGGUUUUAAUGUGUCAGCUUCAAUUCAAGACGGUCAUGGUGAUCAUGGAUCAGACGAUGAUGGCGACGACUCCGAGUAUGAUGCCAAUGAGGAAACCCCUCUCGAGUGCUAUGUCACACCCUUAGAUUCGGAAAAUACGAAUCAGGACGAAUACAUUGUUUUUAAAGAAGUCAUGCAAAGUAUUGAAAGAUCAGACAUAGUUUGGUACAGGGCAUUGACUGAUCACUUGACUUCGGAGCAGCAGAAGGCGUUACAGGAAAUUAUCCUCCUUGCGGAUCAGCGCAAAGCAGCUCUGGAAAGUAAAAGAAUUGAACAGAGUGGUGGGUACGCUUUCCACUCGCAGACUGUACCUACAUCGUUCAACUUCGGCGGAGCGCCUCUGACUCGAUAAAGGCUCCCGGUCGUUUAUAUUUCUAGCUUAAAUUCCAGGGAAUAUGUUCUGAUCUCGAUUUCCAAAUCACCGUGCUUCUUCGCCGAGCUCACGCCAAUCCAUUGUCCAGCGCGAUCGAAUCUUUUUUUGUACGAGAAGAGAAAUGGUUAUUUAGGAUGAGAAUGGCAAUUCUGGUACGAAAGAAAGUGAGAGUCAUGCAUGACUGAGAGAUAGAGAGUAAAAGAAAGAAAAAAUGAGGGAAAAAAAGUAGAUCAAAAAGGAGAAAGUCGUUCGAUCGCUCUUGAAGCGCUCGAAAAAGUGCCUUCAAAACACGCUCGACGUAGAUGGGACCUAAAUUAAGGACAGCAAGUUGGAUCGAGGCUAGGACGCUUCUCUAGUUUGUAAGUUUCUCGUAAGCACUGUAUUAAAGUAUAAUAAAUUAAUGCUAAUUCAGAGGACAUGCUUGAUUCAGGACCUCGUAGCGUUGAUUCCAUUAAUCGAUAUAAAUUUCAUAAUGAAUUGUAAAUAAACGAACAUUUUCAAAAUGCUGGUAAAGUAAUCGUACACCAUAGAUCAACAAUAUGUCAGUUUGUAUAUUUUCUUUAAAUCAUGUUUCAUACUACAAGUUUAUAAUUUAGGUAGACGUAGUCGAUUCGCUAAGAGUUCAUUUGUAUAAAAUGUAUCUCCAACUAUUUUUUUAAACAUCCGUUUGGAAUAUUUAUGAAAUUAUUGCCAGAGCAUGAAAUAUUCUGUAAAGUUCAUAUGUUUAUCUUAUUAAAAGUAUACAUGUAAAA